AUGGCUUAUACUGAAGCUGAACCCCGCAGCGCCAUCGUCAUCGAUGACGAUACAGAUGCAGAGACACCUCGGUCCCCGCCGCGAGAGCUACAGAGAAAGAGAUGCCUUGUGAACUAUAGCCUUCUGAAAGUUUAUGAAGAUCAGAGAUCUAUAAGAAGAAGUACAGUAUCUGAAGAAGAGAAAUACUGA